AUGCCUUGGAGCAUAAGCACAUCUGCCGAGGAGAUAAGACUUCGGGAUUACGGCAACUAUGAGCUGCAGAUGAGUCAGAAAAGCGCAGCAGCGACCGCUCCGACAGCCGACAACGCCGAGGGAAGAAGUCAAACAAAUAUGGAGAAAAUCCCGGUGUUCGGCAUGUCGAUACUUCGUGUCGAGGCCGAGCUCUACCAAUUGAAGCUUGUCCAACUGAUGCUCUUCGCGGACAGAUACAACAUGGCAUGGCUGUUUCACGACACGCUCGCAUCGUACUGCAAGGGAGAAGCGCUGUUCCAACGUGACCGCCCUGUGGAGCGACAUGUCGAGCUAGCAUACCGAUGCGCGACGUUCCGUUUGCUCCCAGAGCUCAUGGUGGAAUAUGGACGUUUCUGUGCUUGGAGGCGAGAUAGCGACAUUGACAUCAUGUUUGGCGGGUAUCUUCCAGACUUCGUUGCAGAUGUCAAGCUCAAGAAGACAGAAGGGAACCCUAUUCCGCCCAUCAUCGGCCGGUUUUUGAGAGCGCAGAUCUGA